AUGGAGCUCUUUAUUGGUCAAUUUGAUCAGUUUAUUGAUCAUUUAGUGUGGAAAGCUACUAAAACUACCCUAAUCAUCCUAAAUAUCGAUCAAGAGUUAUCAAUUCCUUCUAAUUUCCAAAGAUCAAGUGUUCAAUAUUUGAAAAAUGUUGAAUUAAUUGAUCUAAUUCAUAUUGAUUCAUUACAAAAACUAAUGGUUUAUCUGAGUAUGAAACAAGUGAAUCAUAAUGAUGAAUCCAUUGCUAUUUGGGAAUUACCAUCAGAAAAUUUAAUCCUAUCAAAAUUAACAAAAUUGAAUAAUAAAGUCAUUCUAGGUUUUAAUACAACUACAGAUUUAUCAACUUACAAAAAAUGGAUUUAA